UUAGGGAUGCAAGUACUAAUUUUACUUUGAGAAAAGCAAACUUAGUCCAUUCUCUUUAACUCCAGCACAUCUAGCUCCUUGCUUGGCUAAUUCGUACUUGGCUAUGGCUUAAAGUCAUCCUGAAGCUUGCUCUUGAAAGUCGGUGAAAUCUAAGACCGAUCACCAAAACUCUUUGAAUUAGGAUCUCAAAUUCUAGAAUUUAUAUUGUGAUAAUUCAUCGUCCAAGGCUCAAAGCGAGAAGUUCUGAUGCCAGAGUGACUAACCAGCCAGGAUGAUAACCUUAUCUUCUGAAGACUUCUCCUUUAAAGAUCCGGAAUAAUUGGCAAAAUUUUUAAAAUUUGCUCUAUCAGCCUUUGACGAAUGAGUUCAGCUAAAUAACAAAGACAGCGAUGAGGAAAUCAAUCAAGUUAAAGAAUCUUCAAUUUAAAAGUUACAUCCACAAGAAGUCUCCCUGAUUUAUGAUAAAAUUACUUUCUCAAAUUUCCAGAUCCAAAUUGAAACUGCCAGUUUAUUUUGAUUUGGUGACUUUGGUGAAGCUUAAAUUUCAAGUAUUCGUGAAUCCUCUAAGCUGUUUCGGUCCAAACUCUGGUAGAAUGUAUAAUGGUAUUCCAACCCCCAUAAUUUUAAACUGUCCGGAGAGAUUAUAGAGAGUAGUAAUCGCUACUUAUCUCAUCCUGAAAUUGUCUGAGAGCCUUCAAUUUCCUAUUCCAGCAUUAUCAGAGCUUCGCAAUAACUAAAUUGAACAGAAAAUUAGUUAUUAUUGGUAGAUUAGUCAUCCUGUAAUUUGGUGGAGACUUCUUUCUUAGCUUCAGAUAAGUA